AUGUUCCAUAUUGCACAGAAUAUUGCUUUCAAUCUCAAAAAUCAUCUUAAAGACCAAUAUGAUGAGUUUAUCAAAAAUUUUUUUGAAGUGCAGCAAAUUGGUUUUGUUCCAAUUUUUGAAUAUCGAUGGAAAUCACUGCUUGAAAAAUAUAAUAAUGAGAAUGUAGUUAAUUAUUUACGGCGUCUUUAUAAUAACAAAGAAUCAUGGGCAAAAGCAUUUGUGCUUAAAUUAUUUACAGCAGGAAUGUCAUCGACAUCUCGGGUUGAAAGCUAUAAUUCAAAAAUUAAAAGGCUGAUUUUUAAUUCUAAUACAACAAUAUUAGAGCUUGUAGACAAAUUAACAGCAUGCAUUCUUGAGGAAGAUAAAAAAACAGAGUAUGCUUUAUUUCGUGCUUCAGUUCCCAAAACUGCCUUGGUUGCAACAGCCGAUACUAUUCUUCCAAAUGUUUGUAAAAUAUUGCGAAAGUAUUUAACUGCAGAAAUAUUAAAGAUUCAGGAGGAUCAGAUAAAACAAUCGCUGCAAUAUCAUGCUGUAAUAGUAACACAAAGUGAAUUGCAAAGAUAUCAUGCAACAGAACAAUCAGUAACAAUAAGUUGUGAUAAUUCAGUCCCUUAUCUUAAUGCUUUAGUUCAAGAUACCACAUGUGAAGUGCAGGAUAGAAAUCGUAAAAUUAUAGAUGAACGUAAACUAUAUGGAGAGGCAUGGGGUAAAGCAAGAGCAGCUUUAAUGGUAGCUGUUCGGCGACGUGAUUACAAUUUUAUUACUAUUCUUGACAAAUAUUUGGAUAAUUGUCAGGAAGAAAUAUCGUCUAAUAGUGAAAGUGAGAUAGAUUCAAAUAAUGAAGUUGAGUCAGAUA